AUGGAUGGGCAGGGUCCUGAAGCCCCCGGCAGGGACCCGCUGUGGUAGGCUGCAGAAAAUCUGUUUCGGGAACUUCAAGAACAUUUUCAAGCUCUUACUACAUUAAAGAUCAGAACCAAAGAAAUGGGGAAUCAUAUUGAGGACUUACAGAAGAAUGUUAAGGACUUAAUGGUGCAAGCUGGGAUUGAAAAUUCUAUUAAGGAACAAAUGGUAAAGUCAUCGUUAAGACAUUAUGUUUACCUUCUGCAUGUCUUUUGA